AUGAGACGGUCUGCAGCACCCAGUCAGUUGCAGGGGAAUCCCUUCAAAAAACCCAAAUUUAUACCACCUGGAAGAAGUAAUCCAAACCCGAAUGAAGAGAUUGUGAAGCUGAAUUCAGAUAGAAGACUAUCUGAGGGUGAUGCUACGAACAAUACUAUCCUUCAGUCACAAAAUAAUUCCAGAGUAAGCAGUUUAGAACUCCCUGCUGGAGAAAAUACUAGGAAAUUGGAUCAUGGGGAGCGGUACAGUGGACAGUCCUCUUUAGAAGCCUCUUCAAUGACAAUAGCAGAUGUACCUCGGACAGAGUCUCUGGAACAAGGCCAGUACAUGAGCUUACGUGUGGUGGCGGUGGAGUUGUGGGCUUUGUCUGUUUUGUUCUGA